UACACUACUAAGCAUUUAGGAACUACAGUAAAGAAGGUUCAUUCUUCUCACUCUGUCUCAAUUGGGAAGAGUCAAAAGAAAGAACAUGAAACAAAAGGAAAUGGAAAGUAGGUUAGAGCCUUAGAUAUUAUGUACAUUGCACUACCAUAUUUGUUACAGAAGAAAAUUUUCUUGAGACAUGAGAUGACAUAGGGAUAAACGUGUUGAAACAGAUGAUGUCUUGAGACAUCCAGCUGAUGCAGAGGGGUAGAAGCACUUUGAUUCUGAAUUUUCUGAUUUUGCUUCUGAUCCACGUAAUGUGCGUUUGGGCUUGGCUUCAGAUGGGUUUAACCCAUUUGGUCAAAUGAGUACCUCGUACAGUAUGUGGCUUGUUGUGUUACUUCCUUACAAUUUGUUACCAUGGAAAUGCAUGAAAGAGACAAAUUUCUUUAUGUCACUGCUCAUACCCAGUCCUAAAUCUUCUGGUAGGGAAAUUGAUGUGUAUCUCCAACCAUUGAUCGAGGAAUUGAAAGAGUUAUGGUUGAUUGGCACUUUCUCUACGACCACUAUACCAGCCGUGAAUUCCAGGAGCAAUCACGGACGAACAAGGCUGCUAGAUAGAAGCAGCUUUACAAUCAUAGUAGCGGGUCCAAGUCGUUUCUACAACGACAGUACGAGCUCGCUCAGAGAAAAGGGGAGUCGGUCGAUCAUGUGGAGUUGUUCCAGGAAACACAUGUUCGAGCAGGGACUUUCGUGUCGCAGGCCGCCGAGGAUGCGCAUAAUCAAAUGCUGGAACUCCAAUCCCAGCCUACCCCAGAGGGUAGUCAGCCACUCUCUGAGGAUGAGAUAUGCGAUCAGGUGUUGGGUAGACGACCAGGCUACUCAAAAGGCCUUGGUUGGGGACCAAAGCCGAAGGCCCGCAGGACGACGAGUGCAAGCAGUUCGUCGACAUCUUGUUUGUAGUUCAUAGAAAAAGAGAUUGAAUUACAAGCUAAACUUCAUGAAGCUUUGGAACGGAUUGAAGUACAAGAUAGAAAUCACCAAGCGUUAGCUUCACAAGUGGAAAGCAUGAAAAAGAUGAUAGAAGAAUUAACUCGUGCACAACAGGGACCACCACAUGAUCCCUAGCUCUGCAGACCGAAGGUGUAGAAUGACGCAUACGCACCUCGUUGGGAGACUUUUUGUAAUGUUUGUGUUUUCUUGUAUUAUGAGAACUAUAUUUUUUAUAGUGAACUUAUUCGUAUUAUUAAUUUUA